AAAUUGGGAGACCCUCUCCUUUUUCGUCCUCUCUCUUGGAUUCCGCGAAUUUUCUGGGCACCUAAAUACGCGGAAUCGGAGAACUUUUUUCAUCGAAAUCUUCUCUCUUUUUCCUUUCUCCGUGAAACCCUGGAACGGGUUUCGAUCCGUCCUGUUCCUGCUCCAAUCCCUUUUGGUUUUCGAGUUUGAAUUGUUCUUCUUUGUCGGGAACUUGGGUCUGGAUGGGAACUCCAGAAUUUCCAGAUCUGGGCAAACACUGCUCCGUUGAUGAUUGCAAGCUGAUCGAUUUCUUGCCCUUCACCUGCGAUCGCUGUCUCCAGGUGUUUUGCUUGGAUCACCGUAGCUACAUUAAACACAGUUGUCCUAAAGGCAACAGAGGGGAUGUCACUGUGGUUAUCUGCCCUCUUUGUGCUAAAGGAGUUCGGUUAAACCCAGACGAAGAUCCAAACAUCACCUGGGAGAAACAUGUAAAUACCGAUUGCGACCCAUCAAACUAUGAGAAGGCUACAAAGAAGAAGAAAUGCCCUGUCCCAAGAUGCAGAGAGGCUCUAACAUUCUCUAAUACAAUCAAGUGUCGGGAUUGCAAUCUAGACCAUUGCUUAAAACACCGUUUUGGACCCGAUCACAACUGCCCGGGACCAAAAAAACCCGAACAAAGCUUUCCAUUCAUGGGUUUCUUGAGCACCAGCAGUAGCAGAAAAGAAGCUACAAAAUCUAACCGAGCGCCCACAUCAUCAAAUUCUUCUUCAAGGUGGUCUAGUCUUCUAUCUUCAGCAGAAGCAAGUCUUAGCAGACUCAGCACUGACAUAAGCCAGAAGUUGCAGUUUGCUAGUAGCAGCAAUGGUGGUAAUGCCGAGGAAUGUCCACAGUGCGGUGCAAAGUUCUCUUCUGUAGGUUCUCUGGUGGAACAUGUCGAGAAAGUGCACGAGAGGAACGGAAAACAUGCUCUUGCCAAACCCACGAUCGAUGCUUGUCCUAAAUGCAGCAAAGGGUUCCGUGAUCCAGUUGAUCUCGUGAAGCAUAUCGAGAGGGAUCAUCGUGGAACUUCGAAGGCAUAGAAAAGCAGCAAAAGGUUUGGCCUUUAGAAUUCUGCACACAUCUCUUUUAUGAAGUAAAUUAGAUGUGUAUUUGUGUGUGUGUUCUUGUGCUGAUUUGAACCAGCUCUUGAAACACCCAGAAAAAAACCUCAUAUUCUUUGAACUCCACCAUGUCAGAAGGGAUGAUGUCCUGAAAAUGUAACUAAUAUGGUUCUUGGGUUUUCGCUUGAACAUGUUGUAGUUUCUUUCUAUGGGAUUUUUGUAUACUUCAUAUAAAUUUAUUGUUGGAAUUUAAACAUUUUGUUAUGGAACGA